GUAAACAUUAUUAAAGUGACUAGUGUUCCAUUAUUAAAGUGACCAGAGACUCCAUGUCUCUGUAUAAGGGGCAGCAGCCUCUAAGGUGCAGGGUUGAGUAACCGGGUGGAAGCUGAAUAGUGAUGGCUGCUUAACAGUCUGAUGUCCUUGAGAUAAAGCUGUUUUUCAGUCUCUCGGUCCCCGCUUUGAUGAACCUGUACUGACCUCACCUUCUGGAUGAUAGCGGGGUGAACAGGCAGUGGCUCGGGGUGGUUGAUGUACUUGAUGAUCUUUUUGUCCUUCCUGUGACAUCCGAUGCUGUAGGUGUCCUGGAGGGCAGGUAGUUUGUUGACGCGUUGGGCAGACCGUGCCACCCUCUGGAGAGCCCUGAUGUUCAAAUAAUUACUGUAGGGAGGAGGAACCUGUUUCCCAACACAACAAUACAAUAAGCCACUCUAAUCAGAAACUCAAACAGCAUGCAUGACUCACUCUCUGUGAUGGGGAAAGAGACCAAAAUAUCUCAUCUGAAGCACCUUGUUUUCUGGCAGCUUUUUUGUACCAUAAUUUAUGUUACCAGACAAACAUAUUCUGCAAGAGUCACCCGUUUCUCUGCUUAGGCUAAUUAGCCCCAAAAAAAUGAAGAAUGUGAUUUAUAUAACGCUUUACCAGGUGCUAUAACAUAUGCCAAGCACCUUUUUAUCCAAAGCGACUUAACCAUGUGUGCGUAUAUUUUUCAUACGGGUGGCCCCGGGUAUCGAACCCACAACCCUGGCAUUGCAAGUGUCCUGCUCUACCAACUGAACCAUACAGGACCACUAUGGUUGGAAACUUGGCACAAAAGUCAUUUAGGUAAUGUGCUGGUGGACAUGAAGCUUAUCGACAUCAAGGACACUCUGCCUGUAGGUUUUAUUCCCAUCCAGGAGACUGUGGACACACAGGAGCAGGCCUUCCGGAAGAGGAGGCUGUGUAUCAAGUUCAUCCCGCGGGACUCCACAGAGGCAGCCAUCUGUGACAUCAGAAUCCUGGGCAGGUCCAAGCAGGCCCCACCGCAGUACACUUUCAUAGGAGAGCUCAACAACAUGGGGAUCUGGUAUCGCAUGGGUAAGGUCCCACGUGCCCAGGAAUCUUCGCCAACUCCAACCACCAAUAACAUCCAGAACAUCAACUCGACGGCCAACACCACACCAUCCCCAGCAGCCCCUCUGCCCAAACAUAUAUCCAUGACACUCCCCGCCAGUUUCAAAAGGCAAACCACUACUAGACCAGAUUUUGAACACCAGAACUCCAACCUGUACGCCAUAUCAGCAAUGGAUGGAGUGCCUUUCAUGAUCUCUGAGAAGUUUGCCUGCGCUUCCGAUGAUCUGCAGCAGGUGGAUCUGAUGGGCAUCACCAUCAAGUCUCUGACGGAGAUUGAGAAAGAGUACGAGUAUAGUUUCCGCACAGAGCACAGCGCAGCAGCGAGGCUUCCCCCCAGUCCCACACGGAUCUCCCUGGGCUCUGAGGCCUGAGCCCCCCCCCCCAAUCCCACACAGUUCUGAGCCCCCCCCCCAAUCCCACACAGAUCUGAGCCUCCCCUCUUCCCCUCCAGAGAGACCUGAGCCUCUCCCUCUUCCCCUCCAGAGA